AUGGGUCAAUCUGAUGAACUUAGCCGAUAUUUAUCGAUGAAAAUCGAUAUGAAAAAUUAUCGUUCUGAUGUUCUUACAUUCUGGAAAUCAAAUACUGAUGAAUUACCUCAUUUAUCACAAGUUGCUAGACAAAUUCAUAGUAUUCAAGCAACUAGUGCUGGAAUAGAGCGGCAAUUUAGUAUUGCAGGACUUACAUUAACUAAUAGAAGAACUUGUUUACAUCCUGAACAAUUGGAUAAUGUGCUUUGCAUUCGUACUGUUGCCAAAUUGAAUAGUCAAAUGUAA